AUGUCUAGCUCUCCUCUCCGCAUGUUAUUCAACGUCGGAGCACGGUGCCUCUACGACUAUUCACCCACAGCCAUUCUGAAGAUGGGGGCUGAAGAAGGAGAGGGGGUUAUGACUUUGACUACCCUUGCUCGCUCGAUCCUCGGUCCAAUUAUCCAGCAAGUCCUCGGUGUCGUUACGAUUUCUGACCCGCCACCGGAGCGACAGCCGGGCACACCCCAUAUCACCCUCUGGCCGCCGCUCUCCCCCGUGCAACGCGCGGAAGUCAAGAAACGGUUGUGCGACCUUGACUUACGCAUGCGCCGGUGCCGCUUCAGCUAUUACGGGCGCCCCGAGGGACUGCCCUACACUACGGAGACCGAGUUUGGCGUCACGCUGCAUACGUUCUGCACCACACGCGCGGAAUGGGACGAGUCUCGCAUCCAAGCACUGCGGGUGGUCGCACCUACCCUAGGCGUCGACGAGCCACGUCGGCUCGCCCUCGAGCAGGUGCAGCGAGAGACCAUGUGCGACGACAGACCGGUACUCACCCAUGGUGACCUGUCCGAGCGGAAUUCCUCGUUGACCCUAACACACUCGAAGUGA